AUGGAUGAUGCUCAUGAUAUGGAUAAUGAAAUUGAUCAAAUUUUUGGUGGUAUGGAUAAUGCUGAUGGUGCUGAUAAUGCCCCAUUUGAUGAACUUGUUGGUAUGUCGUAUGUGUCGAAUUUGUGUGACUUUAGUGGGACUUCACCGGUAGGUGAAACAAAGGUGUCUAUCAAUGAUACAGUAGUUAAGAGUACAACCAGGUACAAAUAUUUGGGAUCGAUCAUUCAAAGGGAUGGGGAGAUUGACGGGGAUAUAAAGCACCGUAUACAGGCGGGUUGGCUUAAGUGGCGAGCAGCCACCGCAGUGUUAUGUGAUAGGAAUUUCCCAAGCAAGUUAAAAGGAAAAUUCUACCGGACGACAAUCAGACCUGCUUUGCUAUAUAGGACUGAAUGUUGGCCUGUAGAGAAGAUUUUCGAACAUAAAAUGGAAGUUACAAAAAUGCGUAUGCUGAGGUGGAUGUGUGGGCACACUUUGAUGGAUAGAAUUAGGAACCAAGAGUUUAGGGACAAACUAGGGGUAGCCCCUAUAUCUGGAAAAAUGCAAGAGAAUAGAUUGAGGAGGUUUGGUCAUGUGCAGAGGAAGACUUUCGACGCCCCUGUGAGGAGGGUAGAAAGCAUUAUAGUAAAGGGCAAGAGGAGUCGAGGUAGACCAAAGCGAACUUGGGAUGAGCAAAUAAGAGUAGACUUGCAGGAGUUAAACCUCUCUGUGGACCUGACUAGGGAUAGGAGCAGUUGGAGACGUCAUAUCUACGUCUUAGACUACUAAUGUGCGUCCUUUGACCUCUUAAUGCCCUCAACCCCUUGCCCUUAUCGUUUCCUUUCUUUUUAGUUCUUUGUUCUCUUUUGCAGUGGUCCUUCUGUCUAUAGGCCUUCAAGUUGUGUUGCUCGUGUUUUUCGCGUCUCUAUCUUUCUCGAGUCGGGGGACUCCUUUGGCCGUGCUCUCCUUUAUAGGUAUGAUUUGCCGUCGUCCUUCCCUCCCCAGACCCUGACCUUAGCUUUCUAAGAGCGUGAUAUACUGGGUUGGAUUAUGAUGAUGAUGAUGAACUAGAUUGAUGCAAAAAACCAAAAAAACAAAAAUAUUAAACUUGAAGGAACUGCUGCAGCAAUGGAGAUAAGGUGCAUUUAAGGAGGAAGGAAGAAAGAAGAGGACAAUGGUUAAAAAUGACUUGCUGCAAUCGGUAGAGAAAAACCAAACAACAGCACAAGUUAAAUGAAAUAAUAAAUGGGAUUAUUCAUGAUUAAUAAAUAGUUGGGAUUAUUGUAGGAAAAUCGUAAAUAGGUUGGAUUAUUCUGGGUAAAUUUUCUUAUGGUUUAUGCAUGUAUGAAUACCUUUUAGCAAAUGUCUAAUUAUUUACA